AUGUCGAGCCCGGGUGUCGACGGCGACCCCAAGCCUCCAUGCUUGCCUCGCAAUGGCCUGGUGAAGCUGCCAGGCCAGCCGAACGGCCUGGGCACAGCCAGCAUCACCAAGGGCACGCCGGCUGCCAAGAACCGCCCCUGCCAGCCACCCCCACCCACCCUCCCACCACCCAGCCUGGCUGCCCCACCGCCCCGGGCUGCUCUGGCCGGGGGCCUGUGCCCCCAGGCAGGGCUCCCCCUUGGUGGACCAGCCUUAGCCCCAGUGCCCGGGCCCCCGGUAGAGCGGCCGCCACUGGCCACAGACGAGAAGAUCCUCAAUGGCCUCUUCUGGUACUUCUCAGCUUGCGAGAGGUGCGUGCUGGCUCAGGUGUGCAAGGCCUGGAGGCGUGUGCUCUACCAGCCCAAGUUCUGGGCGGGCCUCACGCCUGUGCUGCACGCCAAGGAGCUCUACACAGUGCUGCCUGGAGGUGAGAAGGAGUUCGUGAACCUGCAGGGCUUCGCAGCACGUGGCUUUGAGGGUUUCUGCCUGGUCGGUGUCUCCGACCUGGACAUCUGUGAGUUCAUCGACAACUAUGCCCUCUCCAAGAAGGGUGUCAAGGCCAUGAGCCUCAAGCGCUCCACCAUCACUGAUGCCGGCCUGGAGGUGAUGCUGGAGCAGAUGCAGGGCGUGGUGCGCCUCGAGCUGUCAGGCUGUAACGACUUCACCGAAGCUGGGCUGUGGUCCAGCCUGAGCGCGCGCAUCACCUCGCUGAGUGUGAGCGACUGCAUCAACGUGGCCGACGACGCCAUCGCGGCCAUCUCUCAGCUGCUGCCCAACCUGGCUGAGCUGAGCUUGCAGGCCUACCACGUGACGGACACAGCACUGGCUUACUUCACGGCACGCCAGGGCCACAGCACGCACACGCUGCGCCUGCUCUCCUGCUGGGAGAUCACUAACCACGGCGUGGUCAACGUGGUGCACAGCCUGCCCAACCUCACCGCACUCAGCCUCUCUGGCUGCUCCAAGGUCACUGACGAUGGUGUCGAGCUUGUGGCCGAGAACCUGCGCAAGCUACGCAGCCUCGACCUCUCGUGGUGCCCACGCAUCACCGACAUGGCGCUCGAGUACGUGGCCUGCGACCUGCACCGCCUGGAGGAGCUCGUGCUGGACAGGUGUGUACGCAUUACGGACACUGGCCUCAGCUAUUUGUCCACCAUGUCGUCCCUUCGCAGCCUCUACCUGCGAUGGUGCUGCCAGGUGCAGGACUUCGGGCUGAAGCACCUCCUGGCCAUGAGGAGUUUGCGUCUCUUGUCUCUGGCAGGCUGCCCGCUGCUGACCGCCACAGGGCUGUCGGGCCUGGUGCAGCUGCAGGAGCUGGAGGAGCUGGAGCUGACCAACUGCCCUGGGGCUACCCCCGAGCUCUUCAAGUACUUUUCGCAGCACCUGCCCCGCUGCCUCGUCGUCGAGUAGCGCGGGGCCUCCCCGCCUCUCGGCCCCUCGCUCUCCUCCCAGCCCCGCCUCGAGCAGGGAGGGCGGUGGGCGGGCCAGCCCCGCGCACGCACGCACCCUCGGGGAAUUUGUGCAUGCCCCUCGCACCCGCAACUGCACGCCCGCCCUCCACCACGCCACA